AUGCCGACGUGCAGGGCUGGGUACAGCCGAGGAGGGGCUGAAUUCCCGGUACAGCCUCUCCCCCUGACCGGGGGCACCUUUGGCCGCAGGGAUUUCCUUCCCCGAGGCUCUGGAAUCGUCACUCGGCGGCCGCUCAUCCUGCAGCUCAUCUUCUCCAAGACAGAAUAUGCGGAGUUUUUGCACUGCAAAUCCAAAAAGUUCACAGAUUUUGACGAGGUGCGGCAGGAGAUCGAAGCGGAAACCGACAGGGUGACGGGAACGAACAAAGGCAUCUCUCCCGUCCCCAUCAACCUCCGCGUCUACUCGCCACACGUGUUGAACCUGACUCUGAUCGACCUGCCGGGUAUCACCAAAGUGCCGGUGGGGGACCAACCGCAGGACAUCGAGUACCAGAUCAAAGACAUGAUCCUGCAGUUCAUCAGCAGGGAGAGCAGCUUGAUCCUGGCUGUCACGCCGGCGAACAUGGACCUGGCCAACUCAGACGCGCUCAAGAUGGCGAAAGAAGUUGAUCCUCAAGGCUUGCGGACGAUUGGAGUCAUCACCAAGCUGGAUCUGAUGGAUGAAGGCACGGAUGCCAGGGAUGUGCUGGAGAACAAGCUGCUUCCUUUGCGAAGAGGCUACAUCGGCGUCGUUAACCGGAGCCAGAAGGACAUCGAUGGUAAGAAGGACAUCAGGGCAGCGCUGGCGGCCGAGCGGAAGUUCUUCCUUUCUCACCCGGCUUACCGGCACAUGGCCGAUCGCAUGGGCACCCCGCAUUUGCAGAAGGUCCUGAACCAGCAACUGACCAACCACAUUCGGGAGACGCUGCCGUCGCUGCGCAGCAAACUUCAGAGUCAGCUGCUCUCCCUGGAGAAAGAGGUUGAGGAGUACAAGAACUUCCGCCCCGAUGACCCCACGCGAAAAACCAAAGCUUUGUUACAAAUGGUCCAGCAGUUCGGUGUGGACUUUGAGAAGCGGAUCGAAGGUUCGGGAGACCAGGUGGACACGCUCGAACUCUCCGGGGGUGCCAGAAUCAACCGCAUUUUCCACGAGAGGUUUCCUUUUGAGCUGGUGAAGAUGGAGUUUGAUGAGAAGGACUUGAGGCGAGAAAUAAGCUAUGCAAUUAAAAACAUCCACGGUGUGAGGACGGGGCUCUUCACGCCCGACAUGGCCUUUGAAGCCAUAGUGAAAAAACAGAUUGUAAAGCUCAAAGAGCCCAGUUUGAAGUGUGUUGAUCUGGUGGUCUCAGAGCUGGCCACGGUCAUUAAAAAGUGUGCCGAAAAGCUUGGUUCCUACCCCAGGUUACGAGAGGAGACGGAGAGGAUCGUUACCACCCACAUCAGGGAACGGGAAGGCAAAACCAAGGACCAGAUUCUCCUGCUGAUCGACAUCGAGCUCUCCUACAUCAACACUAACCACGAAGACUUCAUUGGAUUUGCCAACGCGCAGCAAAGGAACACGCAGAUGAACAAGAAAAGAGCCAUCCCGAAUCAG